AUGGUUUCUACAUCGCUGUUCUUCAGCCCCAAUGCUCCCUGCUAUGCCGUUAUUCGCAUGGACCCGGUAGCGAUGGUGAAGAAACUCGACGAUCCCGAGGCCCUAGCUGCAGCUCGUGCCAUGACGCCGCGGUCCUACGUUGUCUACCUCACCCAUGAACCGGAACUUCCCUUCCCAAACAAGCCAUGGUAUCGUUACGAACUCAACAUAAUCGCACCAUCGCUGUGCGAAGAUGACGCAGCGAAGGGGAUCACCGCCGAUAUGUGCACCCCCAUUUUUCCGAACGACAAGCAUCCUGCGGGGCGCGAGCCCCUCCGUCCCGAGAAACCCUUCCCGUACACCAACUGCUACCAUUGG